AUGGAAAAGUUGAAGCUAUCGAAGAAUAUGAGAGCAAGAACAGAUUCAAUAUUUAGCGAAUUCCUUUUAAGAGUUGGAAAUGAUGAUGAACCGACAGUGGCUGAUGACCUAAUAGCAUUGCCCACUUCUAUUUUGAUAAAGAAUCAAAGUGAUGAUUUACCAGAGGAUUGUCUAAUAAAUGCAAUUUUCCCAUAUUUAGAUGAGAACUUCAAAUCCAUUGACUAUAUCAAAGAUCGAGCUAUCCUGGCAACAAAAAAUGAAUAUGUCGACAUGCUAAAUGAUAGAAUCAUAAAACAAUUUCCAAGUGAAGAAAAAGAAUUCUACAGCUUUGAUGAAGCAGUUGAUGACACUAAUCAUCACUACCAGCCAGAAUUCCUAAACACGUUGCUACCAAAUGGACUACCACCCCACAAGCUGGUAUUAAAGAAAUAUUGUCCUAUUAUUUUAUUAAGGAACCUGGAUCCGACUAAUGGGCUAUGCAACGGAACAAGAAUGCACAUCCAAAUAAGCCAGCUCAAGAAGUUUCAGAAAGAAUGGAUCAUACUUCGAAGUGCAGAGGCAACUUAUAAAAAUGUAAAAGGGUCAGAGAAAAUACUAAAGCUGAUUGUUGCUGACGCAAAGGGUAACAAAAUACAAGCAGUAAUGUACGGAGAGACUAUCGAAAAGUUUAUAGAUAUGCUUCAAAAAAAUUAA